AUGAGACCAAAAUAUUAGCAAACUUAGAAUGAUAGUAAUUCUUAAGUUAGAAUUAAUAUUAAACAUGUUUCAACAAUUCAAAUAGAAGUAUUAAAAUAAUCAGGAGAGAAGGUAGAGGAAAAUGAAAAGAUUGGAGUUUAUAUAUUUGAAAAUCUAAAUAAAUAGAUAUUGGCUUCUUCAUAAGGAUUUAUUGUUUGGGCAUAAAAUGAAAAGGUUUUCUAAAUACCUGCCACUGAAUAAUAUUUUACAAUUGGAAUCAUCUAUAAAAAUAAGAGCGAUAUACCAAAUCAUGUAUAAAAUAUUAUUAAUUAUAAAUAGAAAGAAUUUGAUAAUACUACAAUUCCUACUUCUUAAUAAGUAUAACAUAAUUUUAUCAAAUUGAAUUUUUCUUAACUUGCUAGUAAGAAUUGUUAGGGAGAUAUUUAAGUAUUAAAAUGGAAAGUAAAUGUAGGAGAUUGUAUAUCACCCACAAUGGUUUUAGGAAUAUGUGCAGAUGAAAACUAAGAAGAUGUUAUUGAUUUAAAAUCAAAUGUUAAAGGUCGAAUAAUUGAAUUAGCCAAAACUAAAAUUAUUAUACCAAGAGGAUAAGCAUUAUUAGUAAUUGAUAUUACAUAGACUUGUAGUCAUUUGAAAAUUGAGAAUAGCUAUUGUCUGAUUUGUAAUGAAAAAGUCAUAAGAAAUGAUGAAUCAUUAGAUCUAAAUUAUUCGGAUGAUAUUUCUAAAAAAAUUUCAAAAGAAAUUGUUCUUGAUAUAUUAAAGAAAAGAAAACUAAUUAUGGUACUUGAUCUAGAUUAAACUAUUUUACAUGCCAUCAAAGUAACAACAGGUUUUAAUAAAUAUGAAUUUUGUGAAAAGCAAAAUAAAAUGAUGUAGGCAAAUAAUGAAGUAUAAUUUAAUGGAUUCCAAUAAUUAGGAUUUAAUAUCUAGGAACAUUUUUUAGAUAUGUCUUGUGAUGAAUAGAGCAAAUUUAUUAUUAAAUUAAGACCAUAUUUUGAGUAGUUCUUCUUAACAUUAAUACCUCUUUUUGAUAUAUUCAUUUAUACUAAAGCAAGUAAAUCAUAUGCAGAUUUUAUAUUAAACUUUAUUACUCAUAGAUUAAAUGAAUUUAUUCCUGAAUAUCAACCUUUCUUUCCUCCAUAAAGAGUCUUAUCUCGUGAAGAUACUAUAUGUACAAAUAGUAAAUCAUUGAAUAGACUCUUUUAUCCAGGAAUUGCUACUAAUUUAUUAGUAAUUUUGGAUGACAAUGCUGGAAUGUGGAAUUAAUUCAAAGAGAAUCUUAUAUAUACAAAACCAUUUAUAUAUUUUAAUGAACAUGGAUCUAUAAAAGAUGGAUAAGGAAUUGCAACUGAUAUUGAAAAAGAUGUAGAAAUAUUUAAUAGAAAUGAUUUUUGGCUUUAUACAAUUUCAUAAAAAUUAAAAGUUAUCUCUGAUUAAUUUUGGAAACAAGUUUAAUAGGCUUAAGAUGAUCCAAAUUUUAUUGUUGAAUUUGAAUAGUAGGUAUGUAAGACAAAAAAGGUAAAAACAGAAAUAAUUGAAGAUACAAACAUUAGAUUGGAAGAAAGAAAUCUUUUAGAUUUAAUAAUCAAUAGAAAAAUUAGUGUUUCAACAAUAUAUUUAGAAAUGAGAAGAAGUGUAUUGAGUGGUGUUACACUAUUUUUUGCUAAAUCUGAAGCACAUGAAGAAACUAUAAAGAGAGGAUUAGAAUAAGCUAAGGAUAAAGCUGUUAUUUUAGGAGCAAAGGUUUACAGAGAAUUUAAGGAAGAUCAUUUUGUAGGUUAGGAAAAUAGUUAUGUUAUUACGGUUGGAAGAAGAAAGAUUAGAAGUAUUAUGAUUGCAUAAGAAAAGAGUAUUCCUAUUAUACAUUAUAAGUGGAUUGAAGAUUGUGAUAAUUAUUUAGUUCGAGCAGAUUAUAAACUUUAUAUUGAAAGAGAAGAUGGAAAUAAUAAAAAUUUAACUGAAGAAGAUUAAAGAGAUUAUGCAUUAAAGUGUUAGUUAAUGAAAAUAUGA